CUCUCCCGUGUGCUCUGGGGCAGGGCCCGGGGGGUAAAGGGGGCGAUUUCUCCGCUCUGCCACGCGGCUCCCUGCGGCCUCCGGGGCAGCGCCGGGAAGGGCCCUCCCGGGGCUGUGCCGGACUCGGCGGUUCGGGAAUGCGAACUGGCGACGGGCUCGCUUUUGUUUGCGUUCUGGGGAUCUUUGUGUGUGUACACCCCCGAAGCCGUGUCUGCAGAUAGCUGCCCUCGGUGCACUUUGUGGGGUGUUCGCCUUCACCCCUCCCUCGGGGCUGCUCAGAGGCCUGUCUCCUUUUUUUUCAGGGAAAGGAUGGAAGUGUAGGUGUGGGAGAGCCCUCGCUGAGCAGGUGAGCAGGUCAUGGCACGCCUAACGAAGAGACGGCAGGCAGACACAAAGGCUAUCCAGCACCUUUGGGCAGCUAUAGAAAUAAUCCGGAACCAGAAGCAAAUCGCUAACAUUGACCGCAUUACAAAGUACAUGUCUCGAGUCCAUGGUAUGCAUCCAAAAGAAACCACACGUCAGCUGAGUUUGGCAGUCAAGGAUGGUCUCAUUGUGGAAACCCUGACCGUGGGGUGUAAAGGGUCAAAAGCUGGUAUUGAACAAGAAGGAUAUUGGUUGCCAGGAGAUGAGAUUGCCUACGGUAUGCAGCCUUUUUCCCAGACAGCAGCAAAAAACAAGGACUGGGAAACAGAAAAUCAUGACUGGUAUUGUUUUGAAUGCCAUUUGCCUGGAGAGGUGUUGAUAUGUGACCUGUGUUUUCGUGUGUAUCAUUCCAAGUGUUUGUCUGAUGAGUUCAGGCUUAGAGACAGCAGUAGUCACUGGCAGUGCCCAGUUUGCAGGAGUAUCAAGAAGAAAAACACAAGCAAACAGGAGAUGAGCACAUACCUGCGGUUCAUCGUGUCCCGGAUGAAGGAGCGGGCUAUAGAUCUAAACAAGAAAGGGAAGGACAACAAACACCCAAUGUAUCGAAGGCUGGUGCACUCAGCUGUUGAUGUUCCCACUAUACAGGAGAAAGUAAAUGAAGGAAAGUACAGGAGUUAUGAGGAGUUCAAAGCAGAUGCUCAACUGCUUCUACACAACACAGUGAUUUUCUAUGGAGCGGACAGUGAACAAGCUGAUAUAGCAAGGAUGCUUUACAAAGACACCUGCCAUGAACUGGAUGAACUGCAGCUUUGCAAGAACUGCUUCUAUUUGUCAAAUGCACGACCUGACAAUUGGUUCUGCUAUCCUUGUAUACCUAAUCAUGAGUUGGUUUGGGCCAAAAUGAAAGGCUUUGGGUUUUGGCCAGCCAAAGUCAUGCAGAAAGAGGACAAUCAAGUUGAUGUUCGCUUUUUUGGCCAUCACCACCAAAGGGCCUGGAUCCCCUCUGAAAACAUUCAAGACAUCACAGUGAACAUCCACCGGCUGCACGUGAAACGCAGCAUGGGCUGGAAGAAGGCCUGUGAUGAACUGGAGCUGCACCAGCGCUUCCUUCGGGAGGGCAGGUUCUGGAAAUCAAAGAAUGAGGACAAAGGGGAAGAGGAGGCAGAGUCCAGCAUCUCUUCCACUAGCAAUGAGCAACUGAAGGUUACUCAGGAACCACGAGCAAAGAAAGGACGACGUAACCAGAGUAUGGAACUCAAAAAAGAAGAGCCAGAACCAGAAACUGAAGCAGUAAGUUCAAGCCAGGAAAUUCCCACAAUGCCUCAGCCCAUUGAAAAAGUUUCAGUCUCAACUCAGACCAAGAAGUUAAGUGCCUCUUCUCCAAAAGUGCUGCAUCGGAGCACCCAGACCAGUAAUGAUGGAGUGUGUCAGAACAUGUGCCAUGACAAAUACACCAAAAUCUUUAAUGAUUUCAAGGACAGGAUGAAAGCUGAUCACAAAAGAGAAACUGAGAGAGUUGUGCGAGAGGCAGUGGAAAAGCUGCGCACAGAGAUGGAGGAAGAGAAAAGGCAGGCUGUGAGCAAAGCUGUGGCCAAUGCACAAGGAGAGAUGGACAGAAAGUGUAAGCAGGUAAAGGAGAAGUGCAAAGAAGAAUUUUUAGAAGAAAUUAAGAAACUAGCAGGUCAGCACAAGCAACUGAUUUCCCAGACCAAGAAGAAGCAGUGGUGCUACAACUGUGAAGAGGAGGCCAUGUACCACUGCUGCUGGAACACCUCCUACUGCUCCAUCAAGUGUCAGCAGGAGCACUGGCAUGCCGAACACAAACGUACCUGCCGCAGGAAAAGAUGAAAGAGUUCCUCCUCCCCUAGAGCACCACCCCAAUGAUUGCUAUUCUCAGACAGAGCGGUUUUUGUUUCCAAAAAAAAAAAAAAAAAGCCAAAAUUGUUUAGAAUUUGCUUCCCAUUUUGCACCAGCCUUUAAACACUUUUCUUAGAAGAAAUUUUGCACAGUUAUUUCAGUCUUCUGUUAGAGAUGCUCCUCCAAAAUUUUGUCGGCAAAAUGAAUUGAACAUCUGUUGGAGCAGGUUACUUCAAAUAAUUUUAAACUAGAGGAUUUGUUGCAUUUUCAGCAAAUUUUAAGACAUUUUUAGGUUUUACAGAGAUUUUAAUCUUUAAAAACAGCAGAUCUAAAAACAAAAAAAGGAUGCAAGUUUAACAAAAGCUAAAAGUUUAACAUGUUUAAAAAACAUUUAAGAACUAGUUCUGAAUGUAAGAGGUACAGAACUGUUUCAGAAAAACGAAGCAUACUACCUUGAUGUAACAUUUAUUUCUUAACCUUGUUGAGCUGGUUUUGUUCAGCUUAAUUUUACUGUUUAAAGGCAUUAUCUAUUGGUUAUACCAGUGGGUACAUGAUUGAAUUUAGGGAACAGGGUUGACACAGCAGGUGCUAGUCCUGCAUAUUUUUUCUUAAAUAUUUCCCAACUGUGUUUUAUUUUCAUUAUUUCUUUUCAAUAUAUAACUUUUAUAACAAAAUAUUAGCUUUGAUCUUGUAGUUUAAAAUCACAGGGAACUGGGGUAAUCUUUUACUGAGCUGGAUCUUAGAGAAAAAUGAAUAUUUAAAUUUUGAAGUUUGCACAUUUCGUCUUUGUUCUAACAUGAGUGCUUAUAACAAGAAUAAGAAAAGCCAAAAAAAAAGAAACAAAAAAAAAAAAACCACAACAGACAAACAAAAAACCCAACUACCUUUAUUCAUACUUGGAAUUUUGAGGCAUACAAAUUACUUUACUGCGCCCCCCUUCAGCCUCCCCAAGUCAAUGUCAUUUGACCACCUCUGAUCUGGUGUCACCUGGUCCAUUGUAACUAAUAAAAGGAGAAAAA